AUGAGCCCAGCAGUCAUUGAACGAGUCCGAAGCAUCAUACACAGGGCCAAAAACUCCGCAAAGCUACGAAGAAGGUCAACUAUACAAGUGACUAACCAAAUCCCCAGUAGUUCCAGCACCCAGAAGCGUGAAUCAAUCUGGAAAAGAGUCCCAGACAGCGUUCUGGUGAGGGUCCUCGCGCAAUGCGAGCUACAGGAUAUCUAUUCCCUUCUGCUCUCCUGUCGCGUACUGCGACGCAGAGUCUCUCACCUUGAAUAUGCAAUCUCCCAGGCCUAUCUCCACCACCGGACCCGGCCAUAUCAGUAUACCACAGAGACGGGCCACGAACUCGUCCCCUCAGUCGGAGAUGACUUAACCUUCAUCUCCAGUCUAUUCCCCCCGCCACCACCCCAGUACACCUCAACCGGGGCCGGGGAUGACCUCCCCGAAUACUCAUUCGGGUAUCUCGCCGAUCUAACCCGCUGCUGGAAGACAUGCAUCAAGCUAUCGUACUACCUGACCGAGUACGUGGUCCACCAGCACCUCCAGAAAGACUCUUUGUGGUCCUCGAAGACCGAAAAAGAGGUCGUAUACAGUAAAGGCGUCGGACUCCUCCAAUCGCGUCUCUUAUCUCCUGUGGCAUACAUCAUUUUCUUCCUCGAAACUCACGCCUCCGACCCCCAGUCCUCAACCAGAUCUACUAACUCACAGCAUCAAUCCCUCAAAUCCCAGCAAUCCAUCCUCCAACAGCCCCCCUUCAAUAACACCCAAACCCUCCUCUCAACCCACCACGCAAUGCACCUCCUCUGCUCUUCCGUCCGCCACCUCAUGGCCCCUGACAUCGCCUCUGCCUCUACCGAGGCCUGGCUCGGUCUUCUCCUUACUACCUCCACCCUGGAGCGGAUCAUGGAGUUCUUUGUCGCGGCUGCGAAAGACGAGUCUGUCAAGGUAGCUGCCGCUGAUGCGAACGGUCACUCGCCGACGUGGACGAAUCGGAUGGAGUUCAUGUGGCAGAUGCGUCGGGAUUGGGGGGAGUUCGUUGCCUCGGGGGCGCUCACGCCACCGAAGUUGAGUGAGGUUUGGUUUGAGGCGGCGCAGAGGGAGAUUUGUCGGCGGGGGGCUAUUCCCCAUGAGUGUGAGGAGGUGGUUCCUGUUUUGCAUGGGCCCGGGGUUGCUUUGAGGUGUGAGUUUUGUGAGGAGUGA